AUGUUCGAACAUGGAAUUCAUUGUGGAGUCUACGAUCAAGGACCAGCGGUGUAUACGGAGCAAGCAGAGAGGAGCGAGUAUGCGCUCCAACUGUUUGUGAGUGCGACAGUGCAUGUGGUAAGGGAUGGGUAAUAUAAAAAUUGUUGAGAUGUGGGGAAAUUUUGAUUGAAAUAUGAUGACAGUGGUCUGAAAAUAAUGUAUCUGCUUUUUAUUUUGGUCAAUAAGGGCUACUUUUUAAGGAAUCGACCAAAAUUUGGUCGAAAAGUAGAUGUUGGAAAAAUCGUAUUUUAGAGGGGAAGAUACGAUCUAUGAUGGCUAAAAAUAGUGCCAUUCUGUAGCUAAUAAAAUUUCCUACAAGUUAUUAGUCAGGGCUAACUUACAACCUUGUCGAUAAAAUACAGUAAUCCACGAUUUUCUGGGAAAUUUCCAAAAGUAACUACAAAUUGGGCGGAAAAUCCCGAAAAAAUCCUAAAAAUUAAAAAUUUCCCCCUUAUUUUUACACCUCACAGGCUUUGCAACUCCUAUUUAUCUUCUACGUGAUUGGUUGUCGACGAUGUGAAGACGAUGGCAACAAAUUAAUGGUCCUAAUCAGCUUCUUUUCUAUUAUAAUAUUGACAAUCUCCGGGCCUGUGGCGGCUUGGAUCUCCGAAAAGAAUGUGAAAUAUUGCGAUGGCGUCGUGUUGAUGGAAAUAUUGGGGUAUUUACUUACAAGUAAGUCAUCUUUUUUGCAAUUUUGUUUGGAAGAGUCGAAAUUUUGAGGAUUUUUUGUUACAGUAAUCCGUAGGGAUAUAGAUGGACUCUGAAAUUCACAGGGAGAGGUCUAUGGGGUUCAAAUUUUAAUUUUUCAUCAAAAAAUCGGACAUGUCUCUGUGUGGCCGAGUGGUUAUGAGUUGAGCAUGGAGUUGAAAGGUCGGGGGUUCGAUCCCGGUAGGGCGAGUUGGAAAUUUUUCGGAAAAGAGGUUCUAUCUGUAUUUUAUGGAGUAUGAAAAGUGUCCGGAUAUAGUUUUACUGCUAAUAAGCAAGGUUAAAGUAGUAAAAAAUGAACUUUGUUCAAUUUCCUCCAAAAUUUUCAAAAUUUCUCAAGUUUUGCCAAAUUUUUCAUUAUUAUUACCUCUACAGUGUCCUGGAUCAUUUACACAUCCCUCCUCACAAUCUAUGGAUGGUAUGUGACCACUCGAAUCCUCCGCCGCAAGACCUAUCUGCACGGCCGACGUCUUUUUCUGGCGAUUGGUGGGGCUCUCCUGGUCAGUUCGCUCGCUUUAUCGUCGGAUCCGCCAAUUUACUCGGCAACUUUUGGCUUCUGGGACUACAAUCCCUUCCUCGAAUUCGAAGACACAACCGUCAGUGGUGGGCAUGGUAACCAAUUUCAACUUUUUUUCUUGAUAUUAUACAUGAUAAUUGAAGGUUCAUUGAGGGUUUUUUAGAAGUCAUCUAUCUCUACAAUGUCUUCGUAUGUCUAGCAAUGGGCGCGAUGAUUGUGUUUUGGUUUAUGAAACGGGAGAAUGUCCCCGGACCAAACCACAUCGACUUGAAUAACACCCAAGAUUACGUAAGUGAAAAAGGAGUUACAGUAAGCGUAGUAGAGCUUCAAAAAACAAAAAAAAAUGUGUAGAGCAUCUCGACACUAUGUAAAUUGAGAUUUCAUAAAAUUUGGCCAAUUGUGUCUGUGUGGCGCAGUGGGUAGUGGGUCGGGAUUGGGGUCAAGAUGUCGCAGGUUCGAAUCCCACUUGAAACAAAAAGCGGUUUUGUGGAAGAAAAUAAGUUUUGAGGGCUUCAGCGAUGAUAAUUACAAAUUUUUGGUUGUUUUACAGCGCCAUUUUUGGCAUUAUUUUCAAUUUUUUCGUUUUCUCUCAGCUAAUGAUAUUCCAAAGCUACGGCAGCCGCAACAGAGAGUAAAUUGAAAAAUAAAUUUUCGCAGACGAUUUACAGCGAUCACGAUCCAUUUUUCAUCAAAAUUAGACAGGUGUGUCUGUAUGGCGCAGUGGUUAUUUUCCAAAUUUUGAGUCAAAAUGUUGCAGGUUCGAAUCUCACUGGACAAAAAAUUUUUCUUUGCCGAGAAAAGAUAUUUUAAGACACAAAUGGACAUUUAAAGCUGUAUGAAUACUAAAUCGACUGUUUUUCCAGCAAUUCUUCGUAUUUAUGGGAGUUUAUUUCUCGAUCACAAUAAUCAUCGGAACCAUUCUUUUUACUGAUGGAACAUGCAAAGAAGGCGAAAAUUUUUGCCAAAUCUUUCAUCUAUUGGCUAGCUUCGGCUUUGGUAAGCUCAAAAUAAAUUUUUCUGAACCUUUUCACCCCCAAAGUUCGCAAAAUUAUAUUAUUUUAGGUCAAAAAGUCAUAUUUUUGCCCAAAAAACCCUUCAUAUUUUAGAAUUUUGACCUCAAAAAUAAUGUAAAAUACAAUUUCAGGCUCGAACGUGGUCUAUUCCAUAAUUUUGAGUCGGCCACUUCGCACGUUUUUCCGCCGCAUCACCAGAAAGUCGCCGAUUUACGCGUCGGAUAGCUACAUUUCCAGCGACACCGCAACGAAUAAGACUACAGCAACCGAUGCAUCUCAUCAGAAUCCAGCCAAUUACCAUAAUAAUCCAGUAUAA